CCUCAACCAUCUCCUGCUUUUUACUUUCCUCCUUCACCCCGUUGCAACUGAUCGGUCUAACCUUACUUCUGAAUUUAUGUCCCUGAUCGAGUUUAAUCUCACAUCAAGUUUGCAAUAGGUUGUUGAGACUGCUUUGAAAUAAAGUAAAUGCCGCAUAGGCUUCUCAGCCCAUCCAAGCAUCGCCUGCAAUGACCUUUCUAGUUCCAAACCGUUGCCCUUUACCCCCUUGUCUGCCAUCUGAGAUUGUCCCGCGGCACUCGGAACGUACUGUUCACGCGCCAACAGCCUUACCAGAGUUGUUGACGCAAUCGAUAACCUCAACUCACCACGAACAAGGCCGCGCAACUAAGCUAGGAAUGCAAGGGCCCUUCGUGCUGGACAUUCUCAAUACUGCUCCAAUAGGCUACUUGAUCCGGAAUCUGAGUCGCCGAAUGGUAGAGAACAAGGGUCUGCUGAUUGAUCAACUCAGUCAGAAUGAUUUUGAUAAGGUGGUCGACCUGAUAUUGCCUAAGGUUUCGUCUGGAUUUCUGGACAAAGCUAUGGAACAAAGGUUGAAAAGUAUCGGAGACACCGACUUGAGGAACGCUCUAGGCAAGGCGGAAAUCAGUAUCAUCUGCCAACGCUGUCAGGAGCCUACUGAUUCCAGUCGGAGAACAGAAGAACAGGGCGAUUGCCAUCGCAUGCGGAGCCAUGGAACGUCGAGGGAAGCUUUGGCUGCUAGCCAUGGCAACAUAACACGUUUUAAUCCCCCAUUGCAAACGGCGCGAGACCAGGUAGGCUUGUACAGGUCGAAUGGAUUGCAAAGAUCCGAUAGCAUCAUGUUGACAAUUCACCAGAAUCCUUUCCACGAUAGUUUUAGCCCAGGCCUACAUGGACAGUCCCCAGCUAAAGGUGUAUGUUUUUGGUCCGAACAUUCCUCUUGUGGCCGGGCGACACGUUCGGGUCCCAACAGCCUCGACACUACGGCAGAAGCUGGCGCAAAUCGGGCGGAUGACGACCUAAAGCCCCCGUUACAUACAGCCAACAAUUUAAUCAUCCUAGCGGACGCGGCAGCGUUUUCCGCGGAGCGCACCGCUGCACGGAAUCAGAGAGGACCUCUUUCCUCGGACAACCAGCUUUUGCAUGCAUCAGACAACCUCGGACUGAACAAGAACUUGGGGGCUUCAAAUAAGCCUUACAAACAGAGGCCUGGUUGGACUUCCGCCAGCUACGCCACUGCAGGAAUGGGCGCCGAAGCCCCUCCAGAUUGGAAAGUCACAUUACAGAAAAUAAAGAAUGACUGCUACCAGCCGUACCUAGAUAAGCAGAAAGAUCAAUUUGGUGGGGAAAAACCGGUUGUUGGGCAUGCGAUCAAUCAAACGGCGAUCUCCGAAACGCCGUGUGUUCAGUUUUCUCAGUCUCUUUUACAGGCACAAGAGGCCCCAAGCUUGCAGCCGGCAAAGAUCAACCUUCACCGACACCCACUUGCUGGCCAGCACGUUAUAGUGGGCACCACUACUCGAAAGUCACUAGGAAAACGAACCAUGGACGGGAAUUUGUUGAACAAAAGAUCAACUAAGCUACACAAAACCGGCUCUUAUGCUUCCUUCAACGAUGUGUUGGCGGAUCCAUCAGUGGGGAGCAGUACUGCUUGUACUGUGUUGAAUUCUGAUAAUGAUGAUCCCUGCCGCUCUGCCUGA